AUGUCCAAGAGUAAUGCAACUAUCUUCCAUCCAGCAACAUUUAUCCUCCUCGGCAUUCCAGGCUUGGAACAUAUUCAUAUCUGGCUCUCCCUGCCUUUCUGUUCUGUCUACAUUGUGGCUCUGCUGGGCAACGUCACCAUCUUAUUGGUGAUCUGGGCUGAGAGGACACUCCGUGAUCCCAUGUUCUACUUCUUGGCUAUCCUUUCAAGUACUGAUCUGGCCUUGUCCACGUCCUCUGUGCCCCGGAUGCUAGGCAUCUUCUGGUUUGCAGCUCAUGAGAUCGGCUUUGGGGCCUGCUUGGCCCAGAUGUUUCUUAUUCAUACCUUCACAGGUAUGGAGUCAUCUGUCCUGUUUGCCAUGGCCUUUGAUCGUUAUGUGGCCAUCUGUGCCCCACUUCACUACACAACUAUUCUGACAGUCAAUGUACUCGCGGGCAUUGGGAUGACCAUUUUUCUAUGCCCUUUUGUGCUCAUGCUGCCUAUCAUAUAUUUAACCUAUCGCCUGCCCUUCUGUCAGACUCGGGUCAUUGCUCAUGCCUACUGUGAACACAUGGGCAUUGCCAAGCUAGCUUGUGCCAACAUCCGUAUCAAUGCCAUCUAUGGACUCUUUGUUGCUUCUUUCAUGGCCUUUGGUCUGAUCAUGAUUGGCAUCUCCUAUUCUUUAAUCCUACGUGCAGUCUUCCGCCUCCCUUCUCGUGAUGCUCGGCUCAAGGCACUUAGUACUUGCAGUUCCCAUGUAGCAGUUAUAUGUGUAUUCUACAUACCAUCUCUUUUCUCUUUCCUCACUCACCGAUUUGGUCACCACAUCCCCCAAUAUAUCCAUAUUCUUGUUGCCAACCUCUAUGUGGUCAUCCCACCAGCACUUAACCCUGUCAUCUAUGGUGUUAGGACUAAGCAAAUCAGAGAGCGGGUCCUCAGAACCUUCACUGGGAAAUAG